AUGGUAGCACGUGCCUAUAAUCCUGGAAGUUGGCCACCACUGGUCCAAGCCAUCUUCGGCGGUGAUCCAGAGGAGAUCCGCACUCUCAUCCACAAGACUGAAGAUGUUAAUGCACUGGAUUCUGAGAAACGAACCCCACUUCAUGUGGCUGCAUUCCUGGGAGAUGCAGAGAUCAUUGAACUCCUGAUUUUGUCAGGAGCUCGUGUGAAUGCCAAGGACAACAUGUGGCUGACUCCAUUGCACCGGGCUGUUGCUUCCAGAAGUGAAGUGACCAAUAAGGCUGUCAAGUGUGCAGAAGUGAUCAUCCCACUACUGAGCAGUGUUAAUGUCUCUGACCGAGGAGGGCGCACAGCCUUGCACCACGCAGCUCUGAAUGGACACAUGGAGUGUCAAGGCCACUUGGACGUUGUGGCACUGCUUAUUAACCAUGGCGCUGAGGUCACCUGCAAGGACAAGAAGGGUUACACGCCCCUGCAUGCUGCAGCCUCCAAUGGGCAGAUCAACGUGGUCAAACAUCUCUUGAACCUGGGGGUAGAGGUUGAUGAAAUCAAUGUCUACGGAAACACAGCACUGCACAUUGCCUGCUACAACGGCCAAGACGCUGUCGUUAAUGAGCUCAUCGACUAUGGUGCUAAUGUGAACCAGCCCAACAACAGUGGCUUCACCCCUCUGCAUUUCGCAGCAGCGUCCACUCAUGGUGCUCUGUGUCUGGAAUUGUUAGUAAACAAUGGGGCCGAUGUGAACAUUCAGAGUAAGGAUGGCAAAAGUCCUCUGCACAUGACAGCUGUCCAUGGAAGGUUCACUCGGUCACAAACCCUCAUCCAGAACGGAGGCGAAAUCGACUGUGUGGAUAAGGAUGGCAACACUCCCCUCCACGUGGCUGCAAGAUAUGGUCACGAGCUUCUGAUUAACACCUUAAUAACUAGCGGAGCCGACGCAGCCAAGUGUGGAAUCCAUAGCAUGUUCCCCUUACAUUUAGCUGCCCUAAAUGCUCACUCUGACUGCUGCAGGAAGUUAUUAUCAACUGGCUUUGAAAUAGACACCCCAGAUACGUUUGGAAGAACGUGCCUACAUGCUGCUGCUGCAGGAGGCAAUGUAGAAUGUAUAAAACUCUUGCAGAGCAGUGGAGCAGAUUUUCACAAGAAGGACAAAUGUGGGAGGACCCCAUUGCACUAUGCAGCUGCAAAUUGCCAUUUCCACUGUAUUAAAGCAUUAGUGACCACAGGAGCCAACGUUAAUGAAACAGAUGACUGGGGACGGACAGCUCUGCACUAUGCUGCUGCGUCAGACAUGGAUAGAAAUAAGAUGAUCUUAGGAAAUGCCCAUGACAAUUCAGAAGAACUUGACAGAGCCAGGGAAAUGAAGGAAAAAGAUGCUGCACUCUGCCUAGAGUUUCUGCUUCAAAAUGAUGCAAACCCAUCCAUCCGGGACAAGGAAGGCUACAACAGCAUUCAUUAUGCUGCUGCUUAUGGCCACAGACAGUGUCUAGAACUGGUAAGUUGUCUUGUCCGUUCAUUUCUUUUCUGACAUGAUACUGGCCCUGAACUCCUGACAGCUACCCUCAGUACCUAGUGCAGUCACCACUAGGAAUCCAGGCGAGAUGGUUUCUGCUAACUGAAAAAAAACUGUUCGAUGUUACAGUACAAAGAUUUCUUUGUUCCUUUCUCUCCUCAUCUGACUGACAGUGGACUCAUCCACAUUAUUUGUGG